GAUGCAAAUUUAGCAUGACCAUGGCAACCGCCCACGACAGAGCCGGGAGAUCAGGAAUAAGCCUGAUCUCAUGCACAUGAACCCAAGAGAUACCUUCGAGAGUUUGUGAGGACCCAUUCCCAUCGCGUUCAGACGCCAAUCCUGGUCCGCGAUGUCGAGCGAGGGUUUAAACCCACACUUGCAGAGUAUCUGAACGGCCUCGCAUGUCGCGUGGACGAUGCGGGGCUCCGGCCACCGAGCCGGGCGGGCAAGGGGAGAUUCCGAAACUGCCUACGACUAUUGUCCACUGCGGCACACGUGCUCUGGUGAGCCGACUCAUGCCCCGCAAGCACCUGCGACAGACGGUCGAUCUGCAGGAAGACCUUGCCGAGAAAGGCGGUCUGUCGGCUCUACAGCUGAUGACACAACCGGAUCGUCUGGCAGGGAUCCGCCGCGCGAGCGACAAAUCGCAGGAGGCCUUUCCGAAUGUCGCGGUACCUGCGGAAGGUCACCCUCUGCAGCUUGAUCAUCAGUGGCCGGUCCGAGGCACGUGGCCGCUGGAGGAGGUUAUUGACCCGCGCUUGGUCGAACACGUUGAUCCGGCCCUGGCAGAUGGGUGUGUAGGAGGCGUGGACGAGCCGAUCCAGGCAUACGGACAAGUCAUUGCUGGCUCCAGUCAGGGGCUAACCGUAGUGAGGCAAGACGGCGAGCAUGGUUGCAAGGCGCAACAACGUAUAGAGAAAACCCUUCGAGUUCGUUCAAUUUUGUUUAGUACCUAAGGCUAACUAGCACACAACACGGUUGGUUUCACGUCUCGUAUUAAAGCCACAUGCUGCCCACGCACACGCACACACCCAUGUAGCUCCCGUCCCAGUCUAUUGCACCACAAUCGAGCUGCACCCGGGCGGCACCUGGUCCGCAAACGCCUGCUCAACAA